CUCAUCUAUUCUCCAAAAAUCGAUCUUUCAUCUGCUCUCUUCUGUUUGAUGGCGGCAAUUAACCCUCAUGUGGCUCUUGAGCUUGCUUAAGUUGCCAUCUUCAAUGAAAAAUGUUUUGGAAAUGCUGAGGACUACUCUCGAUACCUUCUCAAGUAUCAGGAUCGUGAUCUCUGUCCUUCUGUCUAUAUCGAUCCUUCAUGCUUCAAUAGGUAUGACAUGAAUGUUCCUGCCUUUAUCAAUGUUCUUGGGUGGAGUGAUAUUCUUGUCAAUCAGGAUUUUGGCCAAUAUCCUGAAGUCGUUCACAUGUUCUACGCGAACAUGAAGUCGUACUUCAACACCAUCCCACCCUCGUUCAUCACGAUUGUGUUCAAUUACUUGAUCACGAUCAAUGUGGAGUUGUUGUCUCUUUUGCUGGGAAUUCCUAUCAAUGGUGCUGAAUUCAUGGAUGCCUCGCUGACUUCCAAGGCGUGGAAUUCAAUGAACUCGAGGCUAUUCGCCAGUAUACUCGCGAUACUGGAAGAUACUAUCCGAAUGUGCUUUCUUCAGGAAGACUUCCUGAUGAUCUCAAAGUUCUCCACUUCUAUAUCACUCAGACCUUUCUUCCUUGAUCUUAUGGCCUCUCCACUAUUCAUCCCACAAACCUGUGGAUUAUGGAAAGUGACCUUCCCUUUGCCCCUCAAGUUACUUGCUUCUGUCCGUCGUCGUCGCCCUCGAGUUGAUGCUCUCGGGGGACAUAAGGCUGGCAAUGUAGUUCCUUCUUUAGAAGAAUGCCUAAGUAUUGUUGUCUUGGUUGGUGACGUAAAUGACAAAGGAAAUCAUGCAUUAGUGAAGGAGGUUGGUGCAAGCUCAAGAGACAUUAUGAAGGAAUCGGCUAACAACGAGAAUCUCGAUGACAUCAAUAAAGACGAAGAUAUAUCGGACUACAUGCCAUCUCCCAUCCACCCGUUCUAAGUUAGAUACAAGACAAAGGGGAUUUGAUCUGAGGGGAAUAGAUCUAGGUCGUAGUUUGUGUGUUUGAGUCUAUUACUUCAGAUUCAAAUAAAGUUCGUGCUAUUGC